UAAUAGUAAAAAAAGGGGAACACGGACAGUCAACUACACGUGUUGAUGGACGAACCCCGUAUUGCGCCGCAUUCGCACCACCACAAAACAUCCAUAUCCACCCUCCCACAGCCAUACAUACUACGGCUGGCCCAUCUCCCUCCGAGCCGCAAAAGUCUUGGUUGUCCAUGGGCUGGCACUGACUGGCUGGGGAAUCACGGAGGAUCAUUGAACCGUGUCAGCCAAUGCCAUGCAGAUCAUGCAGCCACACCUGGCGUCGGCGCUGGAAUCCACCGCCCUUUCACUGGGAAUCUGUAUGCACUGAACCCUAUGAUGGCGGUGGAACUGGCGGUCGGUACUACUAGUCUUGAAAGGGCAGUGCAAGUGCCGCUUCCCUCCCCUAGUAGAGCUCGUCAUGGUGUCCGUGUGUUCGUUCCGUCGCGCGGUCACCCUGCUUUGCUACCGCCGGACAGGAAAGUGACUCCGAUCCUUUUUCAGCUCGACACCUUCUCGGCAGGAUUCGAAAUGUCAUGAUAGUGCCUUGACACCUGCCGACCACUGCCAACUAAUUCCUG